CAAAUCAUGCACAGUGCCCUGCAGUUACAGGUUAUGCAACUCUGUUUUCUCCUCAAUUUUCACUUUGCAUUUCGCUAUUAUGCUUAACCCAUGACGUUAAGCUUUUCCCAAUUGCUUCGAAAUUAUGCAAAAUUUCACCAUAUGCCUUAAUCAAUUUAGGGUUUUUGAGACACUGGUGCUGCACGUGAUUUAGUUGAAUUAGCCUCCUUCCCCAACUUGCAUUGUUGUUUCUAAUCUUCAGUUUUCCUUUUCAUUUUUUGUUUUUCAUUUUUCAUGUAAUGGGUAGUGUUGAAAUCCCCAAUUGGCUUAAAGGGUUGCCUCUGGCACCAGAAUUUCGCCCUACAGACACUGAAUUUGCCGACCCAAUUGCUUAUAUUUCAAAGAUUGAGAAGGAAGCUUCCAACUUUGGGAUUUGUAAGAUUAUCCCACCGUUGCCCAAACCUUCAAAAAAAUAUGUAUUUUCUAAUUUGAAUAGGUCCCUCUUGAAGUGCCCUGAUUUAGGUCCAGAUAACAGUUCCUUAGUUGUUAGUAAUUCUUUGAAAACGGGUUUUGGGGAUGGUGGUGAUGAUAGGGUGUUGCGAGCUGUGUUUACUACAAGGCAUCAAGAACUAGGGCAGAGUCCGAGUAUGAAAAAACCCAAAGGGACAGUUCAGAAUCCACUAUCAAGUGUUCAUAGGCAAGUGUGGCAGAGUGGGGAGGUUUAUACUUUAGAACAGUUUGAGUCUAAAUCUAAGUCUUUUGCAAGAAGUAUACUUGGUUCGGUGAAGGACGUUUCUCCACUGGUUAUAGAGUCUAUGUUUUGGAAGGCAGCUUUGGAGAAGCCAAUAUACGUGGAGUACGCCAACGACGUGCCUGGGUCUGCCUUUGGAGAAACCAAAGGUCAUUUUCAUUGUAGUCGUAGAAGGCGAAGGAAAAGGAUUUAUUAUAAGAGUAGGAUAGACAGCUCUGAUCGUAAACAAACUGAAAUAGGUAGCCUUGGAGAUACCCAAACUGAUGUGACUAAGGGUGCUUCAGUCCAAAGUCAUGCAGACGCAUGCUUACAGAUGACCAAAUCAGCUACGACUGCGUCAACAUUUUCUUCAAAUGAAGGUUCACAAUCUCCUAAGGAAAAGAGUUCAGAAGCCAGCAAUGAUAUGCAAGGCACUGCUGGUUGGAAGCUUUCAAACAGUCCUUGGAACUUGCAAGUUAUUGCACGCUCAUCUGGCUCACUUACUCGUUUUAUGCCGGAUGAUAUUCCUGGUGUUACUUCACCCAUGGUAUACAUUGGUAUGCUGUUCAGUUGGUUUGCUUGGCAUGUAGAGGAUCAUGAGCUUCACAGCAUGAAUUUUCUUCACACUGGCUCAUCAAAGACUUGGUAUGCUGUUCCUGGAGAUUAUGCCUUUGCUUUUGAGGAAGUCAUCCGCUCCAAGGGUUAUGGUGGUAAUGUUGAUCACUUAGCUGCUUUGAAACUUUUGGGUGAGAAAACGACUCUUUUAUCACCCGAGGUAAUUGUUGCAUCUGGGAUUCCUUGUUGCAGGUUAGUACAGAACCCUGGUGAAUUUGUUGUGACUUUUCCAAGAGCUUAUCAUGUAGGAUUCAGCCAUGGUUUUAACUGUGGGGAAGCUGCUAACUUUGGAACUCCAGAAUGGCUUAGGGUAGCUAAGGAAGCUGCAGUACGUAGAGCUGCAAUGAACUAUCUUCCCAUGCUUUCCCAUCAGCAACUGCUUCACUUGCUGACCAUGUCUUUUAUUUCAAGAGUUCCAAGAACACUGUUACCUGGUGUGCGUAGCUCUCGUCUGAAGGACCGUCAGAAAGAAGAGAGAGAGUUGUUAGUAAAACAGGCUUUUAUAGAAGAUAUGCUGCAGGAAAACAAGCUGCUCUCUAUUCUUCUUGGAAAGGAAGCAACUAAAAAAGCUGUUUUAUGGAAUGCGGAUUUGCUGCCAGAUUCCAGCGAAGAUUUUCAGUUUCCUGAUUUAACUUCUACAACUGGAACCUCUAUGACAGACAUGUCAAACAUUAGUUCGGCUGAAAAUAGUAGUCAUUAUCUGGUUGACGAGAUGAGUUUGUAUUUGGAGAAUUUGACUGAUUUAGAUCUUGGUGGUGAUGAUCUUCCUUGCCACUUCCAAACUGAUUCAGGAGCAUUGGCUUGUGUGGGUUGUGGAAUCCUCGGUUUUCCAUUUAUGACUGUGAUACAACCAACUGAGAAAUUGAUAAUGGAAGUUCUUCCUGAUGACCAUCAUCUAGUUCAAGUUUCCUCUCCGAACACUACUGCUUGUGUUCAUAGUUCAGUCCCAAGGAAUCUAUCUGUUUCUGAACUUUCAUCAGCUGAGUUAUCAGAUCAAUCAUUAAACGAGUGCAAUAAUUUCUGGAACACCUCCAGCAAAUUUUUGAGGCCACGGAUUUUCUGCCUGGAGCAUGCUGUUCAGAUAGUGGAGAUGUUGCAGCGCAAAGGUGGAGCGAAUGUGCUUAUAAUUUGCCAUUCAGACUAUCAGAAAAUAAAGGCACAUGCCAAGGCAGUUGCAGAAGAGAUACAUAGUGCUUUUGAUUAUGAUGAGGUUCCAUUAGAUACUGCAUCCCCAGAAAAUUUGACUCUGAUAGAUCUGGCAAUCGAUGGUGAAGAACAUGAUGAAUGUGAAGACUGGACAUAUAAACUAGGCAUUAACCUACGGUAUUGUGUCCAUGCAAGAAAUAAUUCUCCAUCUAAACGAGUUCCUUGGACUCUGGGGACCCUGUUCUAUGAUAAAUAUCUUGCUUCAGAUUUUUUAUCUUUAAAUUGGCAGUCACGAAGAUCUCGCUCAAAAAGGUUAAAUUGUUUAACUCAGACUAAACCCUGUGGCAGCAUUCAGAGAAAGAAGGAUGAUCAGUUGGAGGGAAGAAUAGAUGGCUCCACUGCUGAAAAGAAGCUAAUUCAAUAUUCAAGAAGGAAGUUCAAGUCAAAGCAAAGUUGUUUCUCUGUAGCAAGCAUGGGCCUUGAAUUCCAAGAGAAGUCGAAAAAUGCAUCAGCUCUGGUAAGCAGGGAUCAUUAUAAUUGUGCUUCUAAAAAUGAGCUUGAAGCUAAGAAUUUCAGGACUGAUUGUGCAUCGUCAUGUAUCGCUGCUUCUACUGCAAUGUCUCCAAUGCCUCCUGUAAACCCGAUUGCUGAAGUUUCCUCUAGCUCAAGCUUGAAUACUUCUACAUUACAACUUUCAAAUUACUAUCCUGAUCAUAUUUUAAUGAUUGAAAAAGGUGGGGCAGAGGUUGGGAAUAAAACUGUGCUGGAAUUAGAUAUAGACACAAAUAAUGAUUUAACACCCAGUCAUUCUAAGAUGCAUCACAAUACAAGCAUCUCAAAAAUAUGUGGCAAUGAGAGCGAAGAUUGUCACAAGAAGAAACAUUCUAGCUCACUUACAAAUGCAACAGAUAGAAAUAUUGAAUGGGUUGGAAAGACUCAAAUUACAGAAGCAAUUAUCAUUGAUAGCAAGUAUAAUAGCUUAUGUUUGGAUGGUGAAGGCAAUCAAGAAUAUCAGUCUGCCUGCAAAAGCAACAAGGAAGCUGCUUUAUCUACUGCUUUGUUAAAGCAACCUAAUCUUGCGUCUAUGGGUGGAAGUUUUGAAAGUCCAAAUAGUAAUUACGUUGCCCAAAGAAUCAGCAAUCCUACACCCUUGAAAAAGACAACUGAGGAAGCGAUUAAUUGCUUGAUUGAAAGGGACAAGGAACCUCUAAUUGAUGAUAAACCAAUUAGUGAACAUACUCUAAAUGAAGUUUGUGAAGUUCAAAAAGAGUUAAAUGCUUCUGCAGACUUGCAUAAUCCCAUAAUGUUGGAUGCUGAAAUGCAACAAGAGACCCAUGUUUCAGCAAAACAACAGUGUGGAUUUACGAGAGGGGAAUACACUAGAGAGUUGAAUGAUGAAGUGAUUCCAGAGUCUGUAAAGCAGUGUCCGAUCCAAAAUAAGAACAAAAUUAACGAGGAACCUGUUUCUAGUUAUAAUGUUGCAAAAGGUAAAAACAGAAGUGUGACUACAUCAGAAUCAGGAUGUUCUGAAGUUUCAGUGGAAACCUGUCCCUCUAUUCAAUUUAUUUCAGAUAAAGAAAAGGAAAUGGAAAUCCAUCCAAUUAAUAGAAUUGAUGAGGAGCUUUGUGCUGGUAGUGAGACAUCGUUAGAGGACUCUGGUUCUGAAAUUGAGAAAGAGACGUGUGUUAGCGGAAGCAUAAAUGGUAGCAAAGUUGAUUUGUCACAAGAUAGUAGGGAGCUGGAAAGGUUUGAGUUGACUAUAGCAGUUCCCAGAUCAAAUGCUGCAAAGAAAAACAAGAGGAAAGUGGAAUAUCCAACAAAGAACCAAUUAGAUUGUGACAACUUUAUUAGAAGUCCAUGUGAGGGACUGAGGCCAAGAACUGGGAAGAUUGCCGCCACAUGCAAAAGUGGGGGGGAUAUUGACAAGGAAAAUCAGGUAGCAAAAAGGGCACGGAGAUCUUCUGAAGUUUCAGUUCCUUGCAAAAAUAAAAAUGAUGAUGUUAGAAAGCUCCACAGCUGUGACCUUGAUGGUUGCCGUAUGAGUUUCAAGACAAAAGCAGAGCUACAGUUGCACAGACGAAACCUUUGCCCUCAUAAAGGAUGUGGUAAGAAGUUCAGCUCCCAUAAAUAUGCACUACUUCAUCAGCGUGUUCAUGAUGAUGAGAGGCCCCUUAAGUGCCCAUGGAAAGGUUGUUCCAUGUCAUUCAAGUGGGCAUGGGCACGGACUGAGCAUAUACGGGUGCAUACUGGGGAGAAGCCUUAUCAAUGCAAGGUUGAGGGAUGUGGCCUUUCUUUCAGGUUUGUAUCAGAUUUUAGCAGGCACAGACGAAAAACGGGGCACUAUGUGAAAUCUGCUUGAGACAAUAAUAUUCAUUUGGGAUUUUUUGUUCUUGUAACAUGUGCAUAUUUGCAGUUAGAUUCUUAAGAACUGAGACAUAGAGUUAUGUCUGACCAUGAGCAUUCUGGUAAGUUGUAAAGUUAGGAUAGCAUGGUUGUUUUGUAGGUGCCCAAUAUCCAAUUCAUUUGAAGGCAACUAGAGUUGGUAACUUCGGAGAAUUUUUUAUCCUUUGGUAUUAUUAGACUUGAGAUCUAGCAACAGCCUCUGAAGGAGGGAAAACUCUCCAUUAGAGGUGCUACAUCAUGUUGGUUAGUCAUAUCUCUGAUGGCUUACUUGUAUUGAUUGCCUGCACUUAUGCUUCUUUUGAAGCAAUUGAUAGAAUGAUAGGUCCUUGAUCUUUCUGGAUAGAUGUUCAUUGUGGCUGUACAUUACUUUGGAUUAACGUCAUUUGUUAUUACUUAUUAUGGAGGAGAAGAAUGCUGAGAGUAAGAAACAUGGCACGUGCUCCUAACGAUUGUAUGUAUUACUUUCUUUGACUUCCCCUUGGCUACUAAAUUCAGUGGUUUAACAUUCCUAACAGUAAGAUUACUGCAUAUUCUAACUGCUUGUCAACCCUUUUAUU